AUGUCCCCCACCGGGCGUGUUUUUCCUUCGAUAGAGCAAGUUAGUCGUGAACAUGCUGAACAUGGGCGCCAUGUAUGGAUGAUCUCGUCGAACCUUUCGUUUCCGUCGCGCUACUACACCCAGGUUCCGUGGUCGGGUCCGUCUACACCAUUGGUGGCUGUGAACAGGGAGAACAUGCGUCGGUUCAAGAAGAUUUUUGCACGCACCACGCACAGUUCAAGACGUGUCGCUUUCAGCUCUUCAUACGAUGGCUUCCAUAUUACUUUCGAGGCGAACUUUCGGAGGCGGAUGAAAGAUCUUAUUGCGCAUACCAAACUAAAGCUCCGCCAAAAUAUUGUCAAAUUGAGGGAACAAAUUAUCCAAAACACCUACCUGAGCCUUCCUCUUGCCCGUACCAAUGUCAAGGCAUCGCCGUCGUCAUCAACUUCGUACCUCCCAAUAUCCUAA